AUGACACCCCACCUCCGCUCCACCUAUCGUGCCAUCCUCCGCGAACUCCCCCGCCGCACCCUCUCCAAGCCAACGCCCCUCCAGCAACGCAUCCGCGAAGCCUUCCGCACAGGCACAAGCGCAGGCGAACAAUCUCCAACAGCGGCAGACCCACACUUCGAGCAGCGGGUACACGAGGCCGAGCAGAUGGCGCAGUAUGCGCGUGCGCAGAGGACGUAUGCUGCUCUUGUGGAGCGGUAUAACCCCGGCAUGACGAUGACGGAGAAGGAGAAGAUUCGGUUGACAGCUAGACGGGUGGGAUUUGAUUUGCCGAUUGCGGAGCAGGCGGGGAAGGAGUAG